AGAAGAAAAAGCCGCUGCUCGGCUGAGCCGCUUUAGUCCCUCGAUUUAUAAAAAUAAAAACACGUUAUUGUGUCUGGCUCUGAGGAUUUAAAACCUUGUUCUGCUUUAAAACCCUGAGCUGUGUGAGGACAUGAAAACCGAGACAUCCAUGGAUGGAGAGACCUCAGAAGCCUGUGUAAAGAAAGAGGAGACGCUGGAGCUGAAUAUCUACAACUAUGGAGACGAUCUCGACAACCCACCUGAAGGUCUCUCCGUUAAAGUGGAAGAUCCUGACGAUAAAGACUAUCUCUACUGUGAAGUUUGCAAAUCCUUCUUCCUCAACAAAUGCGAGGUUCAUGGACCACCCCUCUUCAUUCCCGAUACUCCUGUUCCCAUGGGAGUCCCUGACCGAGCCAGACAAACUCUUCCUCCUGGGCUAGAAAUCCAGAAGUCCAGUAUUCCUGAUGCAGGCCUGGGAGUGUUUAAUAAGGGGGAGACUGUUCCAGUAGGUGCACACUUCGGACCCUGCCAGGGAGAGCUGGUGAACCGAGAGGAAGCCAAGAACAGUGGAGACUCCUCGGUUGUAUACAGGAGCAUGCAGUGUGAAGAAUACAUCGAUGCCAAAAGAGAGACGCAUGUGAAUUGGAUGAGGUAUGUGAAUUGUGCCCGUAAUGAAGAAGAACAGAAUCUUGUGGCAUUUGAGUAUCAAGGGGGAAUUCUGUAUCGUUGCUGUCGAUCCAUUAACCCAGGACAGGAGCUCUUGGUGUGGUAUGAAGAGGAGUACACCAAAGAACUCAGUCCUGCACCUACAGGAACAACCAGACAGCAAGAAGUAAAGAACGCUCUGCUGCAAGUCUUUUCCUGCUCCACAUGCCCUUGUUCCGAUGCAUCUCAAAUUUACCUCGACAAACACAUCCAGAGAUAUCACGAUGAAGAGGAUGCGAGACUGCGAGAAUCAGGAGAGAUUAAAUAUGAGCUUCAGAUCCCCUCCAAAUGCUCCAGUCGUCAGCCGACAUCAACUGAUAUCCAUUCUGAUACUUCCCAUAAUGAUAUACAGAAGGAAAUUCACCACUGCUCAGAUUGUGAAAAGAGUUUUAGUUAUCAGAAUGCACUCAAAACACAACAGCGCAUUCACACAGGAGAGAAGCCGUAUCACUGCUCACAGUGUGGAAAGAGUUUUACUCGUCAGAGUGCUCUCCAACGACACCAGCGCAUUCACACAGGAGAGAAGCCGUAUCACUGCUCACAGUGUGGGAAGAGUUUUACUGAACAGAGUACUCUCCAAAAACACCAGCGCAUUCACACAGGAGAGAAGCCGUAUCACUGCACACAGUGUGGGAAGAGUUUUACUCAGCAGAGUAAUCUCCAAAAACACGAGCGCAUUCACACAGGAGAGAGGCCGUAUCACUGCUCACAGUGUGGGAAGAGUUUUACUGAACAGAGUACUCUCCAAAAACACCAGCGCAUUCACACAGGAGAGAAGCCGUAUUACUGCUCACAGUGUGGGAAGAGUUUUACUCAGCAGAGUAAUCUCCAAAAACACGAGCGCAUUCACACAGGAGAGAAGCCGUAUCACUGCUCACAGUGUGGGAAGAGUUUUACUGAACAGAGUGCUCUCCAAAAACACCAGCACAUUCACACAGGAGAGAAGCCGUAUCACUGCUCACAGUGUGGGAAGAGUUUUACUCAGCAGUGUCAUCUCCAAAAACACCAGCGCAUUCACUCAGGAGAGAAGCCGCAUCACUGCUCACAGUGUGGGAAGAGCUUUACUGAACAGAGUACUUUCCAACGACACCAGCGCAUUCACACAGGAGAGAAGCCACAUCACUGCUCACAGUGUGGAAAGAGUUUUACUCAGCAGUGUCGUCUCCAAAAACACCAGCGCAUUCACACAGGAGAGAAGCCGUCUCACUGCACACAGUGUGGGAAGAGUUUUACUGAACAGAGUACUUUCCAACGACACCAGCGCAUUCACACAGGAGAGAAGCCGUAUCACUGCUCACAGUGUGGGAAGAGUUUUACUCAUCAGAGUGCUCUCCGACGACACCAGCGCAUUCACACAGGAGAGAAGCCGUAUCACUGCUCACAGUGUGGAAAGAGUUUUACUCAGCAGAGUGAUCUCCAACGACACCAGCGCAUUCACACAGGAGAGAAGCCGUAUCACUGCUCACAGUGUGGGAAGAGUUUUACUGAACAGAGUACUUUCCAACGACACCAGCGCAUUCACACCGGAGAGAAGCCGUAUCACUGCUCACAGUGUGGAAAGGGUUUUACUCAGCAGAGUGAUCUCCAACGACACCAGCGCAUUCACACAGGAGAGAAGCCGUAUCACUGCUCAUAGUGUGGGAAGAGUUUUAGUCAUCAGUCAUCUCCAACGACACCAGCGCAUUCACGUAGGACAGAAGCCGUAUAACUGAUCAUGGUGUGGAAAGAUGUUUGCUUAUUUAGUUACAUUUAAGACCUUCAGGUGCACUAACUUGGAGACAUUGCAUAAUUUAAAGUUGUCAAAUUAAAUAUGGUUAUUACAGUUUUGACUGAAAAUGACCUGUACUUUGAACUUUAUUCAUGUUACACUGGUCAGCAAUUUUUCAGAAGUUGUCUGCUUCAGCGAUGAAAUUGGCUAUUAUGAAAUUUGGUGUGUUGAAUUAGAAGUGACAGUUAAUCAGCUGAUUGGCUGUGGCUUCCAAGAUAUUUAAGAUUUUAGAUUUUAUACUUAUGUACAUUGUGUAGAUCGUAAUGUUUUAAGUAUAAAUUGUAAAACUAGGUCUCAUGUGUUUAUGGUUGGUUUACAUGAUAUUUCACCUGUUCUCCUUAUGUAACACUAGAAA